UCGCGGAUUUGGGCACAUGCGCAUAAAAAGCCGCACGUUCGGCAUGACUGCUCAGUACGAAACGACAGCUCCCAACAGUCGGUUUGUGUAACACUCUUGGCGUUCGUUUCAGUUUUUAAUCAGUUUCUCAGCGUUUCAGGAGCCAGAGCCCCGUCACACCGGAAAUGCGCAUUAUAAAAUUCAUGCUACCCACCGGAUUCGUGUACUUAGCCCGAAAUUUUGCAGUUGUAGCAGCGAUGAGCGGAAACAAGGACUACAAAUCGGCCACGUCGAUUUAUGACUUCACAGCGAACUCCAUCAGAGGAGAGGAAGUCCCUUUGUCUAAAUAUAAAGACCACGUGUGCUUGAUCGUGAACGUUGCCUCGAAAUGCGGUCUCACGGCGACGAAUUACAAAGAACUGAACGAACUGUACGACGAGUAUGCCGAAUCCAAAGGAUUACGAAUUCUAGCGUUCCCCUGUAACCAAUUCAAUGGGCAAGAACCGGGAGACAGCGAGGAGAUUUGCAGUUUUGCCGAUCGCCAUAAAGUAAAAUUCGACUUGUUCGAGAAAAUCAACGUGAACGGAGAUAAUACACAUCCCCUUUGGGCAUAUCUGAAGAAAGAGAAAGGUGGGAUACUGGGUGACUUUAUAAAAUGGAACUUCACCAAGUUCAUCGUGAAUAAAGAGGGCAAGGUCGUCGAACGUCACGGCCCUAAUGUGAAUCCCAGCGACCUAAAGGUUCAUCUCGAAAAAUAUUUUUAAGUCAUUUCUUUUCAUAUAAUAUUUAUGACGAAUAUUUCUUGCAAUUUAUGCGAAUAAAUCUUGAAAUCUAUACAUAGUGUACGAAUAUGGAUAUUGUAGAUUUUGCGAUAACUUCGCACACGUAUAUUUAAUAUAUAAAAAUAUUUUUUCCUUCGUUUUUAUUAUGUUACAACAAACAACUUUUUAUUUUUUUUAGCAUAUACUUUAUAUUUCAUAGUAUAACGGAAUAUAAUCAUUGCUUAAAUAACUAGAAAUCAAUAUUAUGUAAUUACACAUUCCUCAUUUUCAUUUAGAUAUCCGUAAGUUUUAUUUAAAAUAAAUUUUAUUAGCUUUGCUUCUAUAUACGUUACUUAAAUUAUCACUGAUAUUAAUUUGGCCUCUUCGUUUUACAUUCUACAACAAUUAAUAUUAAUUAAUAUCUGUACUAAUUCGUACUAGUAAAAUUACAAUUUGAACAUGUGUAGCAUCGUGUUGCAUAAAGAUACUAAGCUAUAUCACACAAUUACGCUUAAACUAGAAAUAUCUUGUUGUAACAUAACAUUUCCUUACGAAUAAUGUAAGAGACAUGUAAAUAAAAAUUUGUUUAAUGACAGAA